UGCAGUUCCAUCGACAGACAAGGGCCACGCUAUGGGUAUCUCCUAUGGAAUUUCAUCGAAGCUUCCCCUAUGACAGAUAAUCGCCCAUCGUCCAACUGCUUCCGCUCCCCGUUCCCGACCCAUGGUGAACCGCGAGUAUGGCUUAUCACCGCGGGGGACUCAUCCAUUGGGAUAUCUGUCGCACGGCAGAUUCUCGCACAUGGAGACUAUGCUUUGCUAGGUCUGGCGUAUUCGGGUUCCGAGUCCGAUAUAUAUCCCAGUCAUAGCUUCGACGCUUUUCUGGCCGAGGUUGAUCGGCAUAGCGAAGAAGGAUGGGACCGACGGUUGAAAGCUGUGCCGUUGGAUAUCCGGGUAAUAAGCGAAUGUCAAGCAGCUGUUGCGGAAGCUGUCUCGACAUUUGGCAAGGUAGAUAUUCUCUUUUGCUGCACAAGCCAAGCCAUUAUCGGAACGGUAGAGGAGCUUGCGGCUUCGCAGCAGGCAUUGAACCUGGUACGCAACCAAUUUGAAACCAACUUCUUUGGGCCUGUCAAUAUUAUUAAGGCCACAUUACCACACAUGCGGAAGCAAAAAUCUGGCCAUGUCAUGGUUCUGUCUGGGAUCGCUUCGCAUCUCGGUACACCUGGACUAGGGAUGUACUGUGCAGCGGGCUGGGCCUUGGAGGGAUUUUGCGAUAGUCUGGCUUAUGAAAUAGCUCCGUUUAACGUCAAGCUCACUAUCCUUCAAGCGAGCAUCGAGAUUGGCAUUCUCACGAAUCUAGUUACUAGUGUGCCUCCCAUAACACCAGCAUACUCUCCAGCAGUCAACCCUGCGCCCCUUUUCCGCGGAAUACUCAAUCGCUUGGUGUCUCGUCUGCUGGAUACAGCCCCUAGCCCUAGUGACAAUGAUGGGCACGAUUCAGAUGACGAAAGCGGAGGUGAACAAGUAAAUCCUUCCGAAGUCGGGCCAUUUUCGGCACCUGAGGUUGUGUCCAUGUAUCCUCCUCUGAGUUCCACGCAUCUGGAAGUCCUGGUUGCGGAAACAGUACAUGCCAUCACCUCUAUUGGCGGUCAUGAGAAUCCACCAUCACGCCAUAUAGUAGGGCAUGAAGGGGCCGCAAGUGUCAAGGAAAAACUCAAGACUGUAAGUAAGGAACUGGAAGACUUUGUGCAGACGAGCUACGCCGUUGAUAUUACCGCCGAUGAAAAUGCUUAACAUGCGUUUUCAUGACCAAAGUAUCGAAUGGCAGCAAUUUCGGUAUUUGAAAAAGAGUCGAGGGCUGUACAUAUAUGCUCUCGGCUGAUUCGGGCACAAUAUCCCUGCCGUAUGGCCAUUUUCAG